UGUAGUUUGGACAACAAAUUUUGGUAUAUAAACUCCAUCUCCUUCCUCCUAUUUUUUCCACAACCAAAAAAACCAACACCAACAAAACCAAAAGAAACAACUUCUCUAGUUUUCUGAAUUUUCGUCUUUAACCUAUAACUUCUGUUGUGUGAGUGAACUAGCUUGUACCAAUGGUUUUAGGCUGGGGAAGGAGGAGAACCGGCCACCGUGCGGCGAAAAACCAGCCGGGGGACCUCGACAUGGAAGCCCUGAUCCCGAACCAUUUCCUCUGCCCGAUAUCGCUUGACUUGAUGAAGGAUCCGGUCACAUUGUCAUCCGGAAUAACCUAUGAUAGACAGAGCAUCGACAUGUGGCUCGAAGGCGGGAACUUCACUUGCCCUGUGACAAAUCAGGUGUUGAGAAGCUUUGAUCAGAUUCCCAACCAUAGUCUCAGAAAAAUGAUUCAAGAAUGGUGCACCGAAAACAAGCGCUAUGGAAUUGAACGUGUUCCAACGCCGCGAGUUCCCAUCAUGCCAAUUGAGGUCUCCGAGAUUCUUUUCAGUUUAGCGGGCUCAGCUCGACGUUUGGAUCACCAAGGGUGCGUCGAAUGUGUGCGCAGAAUCAAGAAAUGGGCGGCUGGGAGCGAGCGAAACAAGCGCUGUAUAUUGGAGAAUGGGGCUGCAUCUGUACUCGCUGCAGCCUUUGAUUCUUUCGCAAGCGAUUGCGAAAGGAGAAAUGCAAUUGUGUGUGAAGAAUUACUGUCUGCGCUGAGUUGGAUGCUUCCGGCUUUCGAUGAAGAGUCACACACACACUUGGGAUCCAAGGCAUCGUUGCAUUGCAUGGUUUGGUUUCUCAAGGAAAGCGAUGAUCUUUCGGUGAAGCAAAACUCCAUUCUAGCAUUGAAAGAGCUUCUUUCUUGCGAUGAUCGCACCAAACAUGUUGAAGCGUUGGCGGAGAUUGGUGGGGUGAAUGACAUUCUUUUCGAGCUCAUCAGAGAGAAAAUUUCACCGGCGAUUACCAAGGCAUCUCUGAUGGUAGUUUGGUACUUGGUUUCAUCAUCUUCUUCCGCCGGUGAAAAUAUCAAGCUAGCAUUUUUGAAGAUGGGAUUGGUUUCGGUAUUGCUGGAAAUGCUUGUGGACUCGGAAAGGGGCGUAAGCGAGAGGGCAUUGGCGGUUAUCGACAGUCUUUGUGAUUGCAAAGAAGGGAGGGAAAAGGCGUAUGCUGAUGCGCUAACUAUACCAGUUUUAGUGAAGAAAAUUUUGAGAAUAUCGGAAAUGGCAACUGAGUAUUCGAUUUCAGCGAUUUGGAAGCUGUGUAAAUGUGCAAGCAGGCAAGAAGAAAGAGUGCUGGUUGAGGCCCUUCAAGUCGGUACAUUUCAGAAGCUCUUGUUGGUUUUACAGGUUCGUUGCGGGGAUGAUCACACGAAGGAGAAGACGAACGAGCUUCUGAAGCUCUUGAAUCCUUACAGAGCUGGAUUGGAAUGCAUAGAGUCCGUCGAUUUUAAGAGUAUUAGAAGGUCGUUUUGAUGAACGUUUUCAAAAGAAAACAUACAUAUUCUUUGUGUUAAUUAGUUCUUAGUUUUAGUUCCAUCAAUUGAUGAGCUUUUGAAAUGGUAAACAUUGAUUAAUUUAUUCUCCAGAUUUGUUAAUGCAAUGCUGCCAGUUGAAUUGGAAAGUAAAACAGAGUUUCAAUCUCUUCUUUUCACAUGUCACAGUAUUAUAUCAAUGAUUAUUGUUUCUGAAACA